CCGCAUUCUAUUCUCUACAGAGUCAGAAUCCAGACUUGAGAGCCCACACACGAGGUUCCUUACUACGUUUGGCUGUACAUUUGUCCAAUUCACUCUGCGCAAAAUGGCAUCAUCACCGCCACCAUCGCAUCAAGACCACGACCAUCAAUCUCAACCGCUCGAAAAGCGCGCCAUCGUCUCGUCCUUCAUCUUCAAUUUUCAACAUGGGAAACCUCUUAUCGCGCUGUUCAAGCGGAGCGACAAAGUAAGAACUUAUCGCGAGCACCUCGCCCCAAUAUCUGGCAGCAUAACCUCAGAGGACCGCGACUCGCUCACAACUGCUUGGCGCGAGAUCGCCGAGGAGACGGGUCUCGAUCAGUCGAGCCUUACUCACUGGCGCACGGGGAAACCCUUCACAUUUAGUGAUCCUUCUGCCGGACGCGAAUGGACCGUACAUCCAUUCGCCUUCCUCCUAAAAGAGAAGCAAUCAGUAGACUCACCAGCUGAGGAGCAGCCGCCCUUCAAGAUCGAUUGGGAGCACACUAGCUGGGAAUGGCAUUCCCCGUCUUCCAUCCUCAACGAAGAGCUUUCCCCCAUCGUACCCCGACUCAAAGACAGUUUCCGCCGAGUAUGGUUCGAAGGCGAGCUGCGCAGUGAACGCGCCGGCAAGACUCUCGCGACGGGGCUAGAGCGUCUUCGCAACGACCACGAAAGCGGCUCCCAGGAGCUUACGACCAUCGCACUGAUGCUAUUCCGCGACUUCAUCGUCCAAACCGAUGAUGGAGUAGACGACCCCCUAUGGUGGGCGAACGUGCGGAUGGCAGCGUGGCACAUCAUCAAGAACGGGAGGGAGAGCAUGGGCGCCGCGACCAUGAACGCACUCGUGUCUGUCCUCGCCGAGAUCGACGAUAUUCUCCACGGCAACAAGAAGAACAACCACAGCUCCCCAGAGCAUACCUGGGAGCGCGUCCUGUGCGUGCUGGACCAUCACUUGGCCAGUCGCAAAAGUCGCGCGACACAAGUCAAGGACGCCUUCACCCACUACAUCCGCUACCACUUCCUCCACCACGGCGAGCCGCGAGACAAACUCACAAUUCUCACCGUCUCAGCAAGCUCGACCAUCCGCGACAGCAUCCUCGAUGCCUACGCCUCCCUCGACAUCCACCUUUUGGAGCUCCGCGUGCUCGAGUCGCGACCGCUCUUUGAGGGAGCCAGCAUUGCAUCGUCAAUAGUCUGCAAUUUUAAAUCACGGUUCAAAGACACGCCCAAUAAGAACCUCCGCGUCAAAGUGUACACGGAUGCGUCAGCCGCCAUCGCUGCGGCCGGAGUCGAUAUCCUGCUGCUUGGAGCGGACCGCAUCUCCGCCACGCGAGGCGUGAGCAACAAGACCGGCUCCCUCCCCGCCGCCCUGUGCACCAAGCACGUCAGCCCCGACGCGCAGAUCGUCGUCCUCAGCGACCUGGAGAAGAUCAACGGGUCGCCCAGCGUCAUCGACGACGACCAGCACGAGGCCAACUCCCCGCUGGAAAUCAUGACCACCUGGCGCAGCGACGGUGUCAAGGGUGUCGGCGUACUGGAGGAAGGCAUGAAGCACCCCCUGCACGAGGAGGGAGAUCAAACCUCCGCAACGGUCGACGUGCAGAAUAUCUACUUCGAGUGGGUGCCCCUGUACAUGGUGGAUGCGUUCGUCAGCGAAGAGGGCGUCAUGGACGAGAAUCGCGUCCGUGAGAAGUCGGAGCAGCUGGGUAAUACGGCGGACAAGUUCUUCCUCGAUUUGUGA